AUGUUCCACACCUUUCAGGGCGUGACACCACGGAAGCAGACGUCUGAGUCUCAGGAAAGCGGCAAAUCGACGAGCUCAGCAGCUUCCAAGAGAAUUACCACCCCACAUGCUUGCGCCGAGUGCAAGAGACGAAAAAUCCGCUGUGACGGCCAGCAACCAUGCGGCCAAUGUCUGUCAAGCCGCGCUCCCAAGCGCUGCUUUUACGACAAGCACCGACAGCGCGUCAUCCCUUCGCGCAAGACACUCGAAGCACUCUCACAGUCUCUCGAGGAGUGCCGCUCCGUUCUCAAGCGUCUGUUCCCUCACCAAGACGUACAGUCGCUGCUUCCACUGUCUCGCCACGACCUCCUUGAUCUCCUUCAGCACCCGGUCCUUGACACGCCGGCUGCGCUCCCUUCACCGCCUCUCAACGCCUCGCCCCUCUCACAGGAACUAGACUCUCCGGUUUGCUCCGGCUCCGGCUCCGAGCGGGGCUUUUCCAGUCUCGAACUCAUACCUGGUCGGGACACCGAAUGGGACGAAGAACGCCGCGGCCGCGAUCCCAUCCCCAUUGAAGCCGAUGAUGUGAACGCACUUUCAUUAUCCGUGGACCGGCAGUCAUCAUAUCUAGGCGCUUCUUCGAUCAAAGCAGCACUCAUGUGCCUCAUGAAGGUCCAGCCGGCACUCCGGAACGCGCUCACCACACCCCUCCAGAGCGCCGAAGUCACACACAGCUUCCCAUCCACGCGACAGAGAGGCACGGUGCCAAAGGAAACCCAGCGCAUACCGUGGUCAUGGAAGGGGCAGACGCUGAUUGACGCUUACUUUAAGCGCAUCCACGUCUUCGUUCCCAUGCUGGACGAGGCCGCUUUUCGAGCUGAUUAUCUGGAAGGCCAGCGCUUCGAUGCCCCUUGGCUAGCACUGUUGAACAUGGUUUUUGCCAUGGGCAGCAUCGUCGCCAUGAAAUCUGACGAUUACAACCACAUCAACUACUAUAACAGAGCCAUGGAGCAUUUGCCCAUGGAUGCCUUUGGCAGCAGCCAUAUCGAAAUGGUGCAAGCCCUCGCGCUCAUUGGAGGCUACUAUCUCCACUACAUUAACAGACCCAACAUGGCCAACGCCGUUCUAGGUGCGGCCAUUAGAAUGGCGAGCGCACUUGGUCUUCACCGAGAGAGCCUGGCUCAGGGUUCAAGCGACAUUGCCGCCGCCGAGACCCGACGGCGCACUUGGUGGAGCCUCUUUUGCCUCGACACAUGGGCAACGACAACCAUGGGACGACCCUCAUUCGGCCGCUGGGGCCCUGCCAUCAACAUCCGGCCCCCAGAGUUUGGCACCAACCAGGGUCGGGACUCUGCCCAGCAUGCUGGCAUCUUGCCGCUCAUCGAAAACAUCAAGUUCUGCAAGAUUGCCACGCAGAUCCAAGACUUGUUGGCCAUUUCGCCCCUCCUGCGCGCGGAAGAUCGUUGCAACCUCGACGGGCAACUGGUCAACUGGUACAGCGGCUUACCAUGGCUUCUGAGGACGACUGACCCCUGCGCCGAGCCGCUGUACAUUGCUCGAUGUAUCAUGAAGUGGCGGUAUCAGAACCUGCGGGUGCUUCUUCACCGGCCUGUCCUGCUGAGUCUGGCUAGCAGCGGCUCGCUGUCUCACGUGGCCGAGCAGGACGUUGCAGCCAUCGAGACGUGCCGCGAGCUCGCACAGCAAACCAUUGAGGACAUUGCCAGGGAAUGGACUCGUAAUCAAAUGUCGGGAUGGAACGCUGUGUGGUUCCUCUACCAGGCGGCCAUGAUCCCUCUGGUCAGUACUUUCUGGGAGUGGAAUAGCCCACGCGUAUCCGACUGGCACCAGCAGAUCGACACGAUCCUCGACUUGCUAGAGGCCAUGGAGGACUGGUCAUUGGCAGCGAAGCGUAGCCGAGAGGUCGUGUGGCGAAUGUACGAAGCGUCUCGACAGCCAUCGAUGCGGUCAGAGAGCCCUCUGCAGGGGCUGAUGGCGGAGGCGGAGCUGCACAUGUCACCCAUCGGCCUGGAGCCGGAAGGGAUGGGCAUGAUGGGCAUGCUCGAUCAGCAUGGACUAUGGGAUAUGGAUGGCAUGUAUUGGGGCCAGGGUCCUGACCCGGCGGUGGACUUCUCCCCUUACAACGUCAACGAGCAUAUGAUGCAGAUGGACUACGGUAUGAUGAGCAGUCAGGUAGGCGCCAUGGAGGGCGGCUUCUUCAUCAAUUGA